AUGGAAGACACGAUAAUCGACCUGCAAGAUCGAACAACUUCGGCACGACCUGGGACGACACAUGCGGUGGUGUGUUUCCCUGGUUGGGAACCCAUCGAAUCACUCGAGGAAAUGGUCAACACCGAUGGAACGGCAAUUCUGACACCUCACCACAUAGAUCGAUGGACAGACCUCCACAGUGCUCGCCAAGUUCUGCACAUUGAGGACAACAUGGAUGACGCAGACGAUGUCCCACCGCGCGGCCGCCUCAUAUACGUGGAGAACUCGCAACGUCUUCCCGUCUACUUGAAGGGCUUUAGCCAUGCUUACUUUCUUUUCGGGGAUUGGGAGUCCAGGCUGGCAUUUGAUGUGCCGAAUGCUCAAGUCACGAAACUCGACUUUCGAUCUUCGAUGAGUGAAAGACUUGAUCAAAUGCCGUGGGGAUUUCAUGACGUUCCUCGCACCCGCUGCUACACUUCACACCCUGAUAUCGAGGCCUUUCAAAAUCAGAUGGACUUUUCUGCACCUCGAGUGGAAAUUGAAGGCGUCUCCGCCGGGGGGUUUAUCGCGGCCAUAUUUAGGCUUGGCGCAUGGGGAGUCGAUGUCCCUCGGACGAUCAGGUCUCUCCUCGAAUGCCCGCAAGUCAGGGACACGAUGACGGAGCGCCUACGUAUCCAAAGGAUCAUCGGCAAGACUGGAUCAAGCCUUAACAUGCCACCGGGACAGGAGGCCAUUCUUUAUGGCAGCGUUGCCGCAUGUCGGCUAUGA